AAGAAUUAAUGCUGUUAUAUAUCUUCUUGUUUGUGUAUGUUUGAAAAACGUUUUUUUUUUUUUAUUUUUUUUUUUAUUUUUAGCGACAUGAUGGGUUCCUCAUCAGAUGGCCCUAUAGUAUUUUCAUCAGACGGCAUGAAAUCAUUCACAGACAAUUUCAACGAGAAGAAUCUGAUGGGAUUUACUCAAUUUGGGAAAUUAUAUAGAGGAAAGAUUAAACCAGGGAUUAUAUGCACACAAAGUCUAGAUAUAACUGUGAAGAUCUGGGAUGAGAAAGCAGAUUGCAUAACCUCUGUUGAUUAUGACCAGUAUUGGAUGGUUAAAGAAGAAGUUCAGUUUUUAACGAAUCCUUCAGUGAAUAGGCAUCCAAACUUGGUGAAAUUGAUUGGUUAUUGUUGUGAAAAAGAAGUGAGAGGUGUGGUUUAUGAACUCAACCCAAAGGACACUUUGCACAAUUUGACCCUAGCAGAUGAUCUAAGCUGGAUUCAGAGAGUUAAUAUAAUUCUUCAAUUGGCUGGUCUUCUUGAAUUUCUUCAUAACCAGGACAAACCAUAUCUGGUCCUCGAUAUUAAUGCAUCUCAUAUAAUCUUGGAUUGGGAUUGCAGGCCAAAACUAUGUGAUUUUGGAUUCAUUAGUGGAAGAAUAAUUGGUGAAAUGAAUACUCCAAAGAAGCAGAUACCAAUUUCUAUUGGCUAUAUGGAUCCUUCUUUUGCCGCAAAAGAUGGGUACCGGCAAACCAGCAGCCGUGUCGUGUUUGGAUUGGGUGUAAUUCUCCUGGGACUAAUAUCCAAAAGACCUUUUGAAGGGGUGGAGAAAUUGGAAACGCCCAAACUGAUACUAGAGAAUCUGGUUCAGUAUUGGGCCAAAAUGGAAUACAGGCCCAAUUGUUCACUGGUGCACAGAAGCCUACAGGAAGAUUGGGGCUACCAUGUCCAAGAUGGUGCUGCAAUUACAGAGCUUGGAAUGCGUUGCAUUGAAUUUUUGGCACCCAACCGUCCCUCAAUGAACCAGCUUGUUCAGAGUCUUCAAAAUUUGAUGGUUUUGCAACGUCUUGGGGAUAAAAGACCUAAUAAAAGGGAAAAGAAAUUUCAUGAAACUCUUUUAGUCUGACUGAGGCAUGCUCUUUUUUUUUUUUUUUUUAAUUUUAUUUUGAUUUUUUUUCAGCAUGCAAAGUAAUAGGAUUUAUAUUUGUAGUUGUGGGUUUUGUAGACGUUUAUGUGUAUGUUACUUUAUAUAAGAUAGAAAGGCGUACAAUAACUUUAGGUACCAAUUUGUGUAAUGCUGAAAAGCAAAAGGCAUAGUCUCUUUUAAUUCAAAUUUCCCUUUA